AUGGAAGUAAGAUGGGAACAAUUAACACACUGUUUUAGAGAUGGUGCAAAAAGAUCAUUGUUAAUAUUGUUAACAGUUAAUUUGUUAAACUAUAUGGAUCGCUAUACAAUAUCCGGAGUUUUAAGUCAAUUAAAAAAAUAUUAUACUAUUGAUGAUACUUCAUUAGGUCUUCUUCAAACAGCUUUUAUUAUUUUUUACAUGCUGUGUGCUCCAUUAUGUGGUUAUUUAGGUGAUAGAUAUAAUCGUAAAUUAAUAAUGACUGUUGGUUUAAUAAUAUGGAUGUGUUCUGUUUUGGCAUCCUCCUUCUGUAAAAAUAAUCAAUUUGUUUUAUUUCUGUUUUGUCGUGGUUUAGUUGGAGUUGGUGAAGCUUCAUAUGCCACAAUUGCACCAACAAUUAUUGCUGAUCUUUUUACUGGUUCAGCCAGAAGUUAUGCCUUGAUGAUUUUUUAUUUUGCCAUACCAUUUGGUAGUGGAUUAGGUUAUAUAUCAGGAUCAUAUAUCUCUUUAAUUACUGGUUCAUGGCAAUGGGGAAUUAGAGCAACACCUAUUCUUGGUAUUUUAUGCCUUUUUAUGAUACAUUUUUAUAUGGAAAAUCCAGAACGUGGAAGUUCAGAACAUGUACAUUUGAGAAAUUCUACUUACCUAGAAGAUUUAAAAUAUCUUUUGUCAAUUAGAACAUAUAUUUUUAAUACAUUAGGAUUAACAUGUGUAAUUUUUUGUGUUGGUGCUUUAAGUUUCUGGGCACCUACUUUUGUUGAGUAUGCCUAUAGAAUGGGAUCUCCUUUCCAUUCAAUUACUGAUGCUGUUAAAGCUUCAAUUUCAUUAAUCUUUGGAAUGAUAACAUGUGGGGCUGGUAUUGUUGGAGUUAUAUUUGGAUCAACAAUAUCUGAGAUAUGGCGUGAUGGAAGAUAUGGAAUUAAUCCACUUCCAUAUGCUGAUCCAAUGAUUUGUGCCAUUGGUAGUCUUAUUGCUGUUCCAUUUUUAUAUUUUACCUUAAUAACAUUACAAUUUAAUAUACCAUUAGCAUGGUUAUUAUGUUUUAUUGGAAUAGCUUCAAUGUGUAUGAAUUGGAGUGUCAAUGCAGAUAUGGUAUUGUAUACAGUAACAUCAAAUUGUAGAGCUACAGCUACAGCAUUUCAAACACUUGUAUCACAUGCAUUAGGUGAUGCUAUUUCUCCAUAUAUUAUUGGUGUAAUAUCAGAUUUGAUAUCAGGAGAUAGUGAUGAUCCAAGUUUAAAAUUCCGUUCAUUACAUGUUGAAAAAGACAAACAAAAUGUAGUUAUUUUGUCAAAUUACGAAGAACUAGCACAUUUAAAUGAAAUAGAAGUAGGUAAUGACGAUUUGGUUAUCACUGUUAGAGAAGAACUGCCAUCAACACCAGUAACAUCUUAA